GCUCUGUAUGGGGGAAGUGGAAAGCUCGUUGUGUUUCGAAACAAAGAGGAAGAAAUCUGCCAUCGAUCUGUUUCUCCUUCUUUGCAUAGAGAAGUGCUAGAUGAGUAUCUACGGAAUGAUUAUUUUUUUUAUUGUUAAGAUAAGCGCUCGCGGUGAUAAACUCCUGGUUUGAUAUUAUUAUCAGAUUAUAGUCUGAUAUUAUUGUUUCCAGUAUAUGACGAUAGAUACCUCACACUAUUUCACAUCCAAUUGUAUGCUCACUGGCCACUUUAAUAGGAACACAUGUACCCCUGCUCAUUCAUGUGCUUAUCCAAUCGGAACAUCAGGUGGCGGCAGGGCACGUCAUGUCAUAAGCGUCGGUUAAUUUCCACGUCAAACAUUUUUCACAUGAGGGGAAAGAAACUGUCUUGGCAUGCCCGAUGGACUUCCUGUUCCUGUUCUUGGCUGACAGGAGUGGAACCCGACGUGCUGUCUUAUGUUUCGGCGUGUUGAGAUGCUUUUCUUCUCGGCACGGUUGUACAGAGUGGAUUUUGAGUCACCGUAGUCUUCCUGUCAGCUGGCUGUUCUCCUCUGACCCUCUCUCAUAAGCAAGACGCCGAUUUUCCGUCUGCGCACCAACCUGUGUGAUCUCUAGAGUUUUGUGUGAAAAUUCCAGAAGAUGCAGCAGUUUCUGAAAUACUUAAAGCGACACCUACAACAAUACCACGGUUAAAGUGAAGAUCCUGAAUGGUACAUGGCCGAGUCUCUGUCGACGGGACAGAGGGGUUACGUGCCGCGCAACUUUGUAGCCAAACUCAACAGCAUGGAGACAGAACCCUGGUUUUUUAAGGAUCUCUCCAGAAACGAUGCCAUGAGGCACCUGCUGGCCCCCGGCAACACGCAGGGCUCGUUCCUGAUCAGAGAGAGUGAGACCACACCAGGCAGCUUCUCUCUCUCUCUGCGAGAUCUGGAUCACAACCAAGGCGACGUCAUCAAGCACUACAGAAUCCGCAACCUGGACGCUGGCGGCUUCUACAUCACCAGCAAGAUCUCCUUCACCUGCCUGUCCGAGUUGGUCAAACAUUACACCCGAGAUUCAGACGGCUUGUGCACACGUCUGGUGAAACCGUGUCAGACGCGAAUGCCACAGAAGCCGUGGUGGCAGGACGAGUGGGAGAUUUCACGUGAGUCGCUCAAGCUGGAGAGGCGAUUGGGACAGGGACAGUUUGGAGAAGUCUGGAUGGGUUUGUACAAUAAUAACCGGAGAGUGGCCAUUAAGAGUCUGAAACAUGGCACCAUGUCCAUCGACGCCUUCCUGGCCGAGGCUAACCUGAUGAAGAACCUGCAGCACCCACGACUCGUACGCCUCUUCGCUGUGGUCACUCAGGAACCCAUCUACAUCGUCACCGAGUUCAUGGAGAACGGCAGCCUGGUGGAUUUUCUGAAAACGCCGGAAGGAGCAAAUUUGCAAAUCAACACCCUGAUCGAUAUGGCCUCACAGGUGGCUGAUGGUAUGGCCUACAUCGAGCAGAAGAACUACAUCCACCGAGACCUGAGAGCCGCCAACAUCCUGGUGUCUGAUGAACUCAUAUGCAAGGUCGCAGACUUCGGCCUCGCCCGGCUCAUCGAGAACAACGAAUACACAGCCAGAGAAGGUGCGAAGUUUCCCAUCAAAUGGACGGCUCCUGAAGCCAUCAACUACGGCACAUUCUCCAUCAAGUCAGACGUCUGGUCUUUUGGCAUCCUGCUGACUGAGAUUGUGACCUACGGCAGAAUUCCUUACCCAGGUAUGACGAAUCCUGAGGUGAUCCAGAACUUGGAGAAAGGGUACCGCAUGCCUCGUCCGGACAACUGUCCCGAGGACCUGUACGUCAUAAUGAUGGAGUGUUGGACAGAAGACCCGGAGAAGCGCCCUACGUUCGAGUACCUGCGCAGCGUCCUGGAGGACUUCACCACGGCCACCGAGCGGCAGUAUCAGGAGCAGCCUUACUGAGGAUGAACCAAACGAUGGUUUAAAAAGACAGAGCUGUGCUUAUCCGUGAUUAUUACAAGACAGAAACAUCCCUAUCUUUUUUUCUUCUCCUUGAUUAUGUUAUGUACAGUAUAUAACCUACUGAGGUCCUUAUUUGAGGACAGUGGGUCUCUUUUUUUCUCUCUUCCAUUUUUAAAGACAGUAAUUAGCUCCUGUAGUUUUAUUUGCUUUUUAACAAGGCUGAAGAUGUCUGAGAAAAAAAAACAAAAAACUGUCCAUCACCAGCCAUUUUCACUCUUGAAGUGCGGAAUGAUUGUCUUUCAACUCCUUGUACGUAAUCCUAUCAGUGUUCAUCGUGUCCUGUAUUUAGCUUAACUACCUAUAAAUAGUCCAAAUAAAAUAAACUGAUUUCCCUCUUCUGACACCAAAAUGUGUAGUUCAGAGCGGUAAGAAAACGCCUGAACUCACAUGAGGACCCUCGAACAUCAGUGUGAGUGGCAAGAACAAUGAAAUAAAAUGUUCUCUCUCUCUUUUUUUUAAUUUUGUUGAAAUGUAUAAAUAAAAGUCAUUUAAUACA